CUCAAAUCGUAUCACAACUUCACUUCACUUCACCACCAUCAACCACCAUGUUUUCUCUAUCUCUCCUCCACUUUCUCUCACUACUUUUUGUGGUUUUCUACUUAUUUUCUUUGCUUAGAACCUUAAUAAUGUCUACCUCCGCCACCACCGUCGCCGCCACUACCACCACCAAUAACGGGCUUGUUUCAUACCCGGUCAUUGGUUCAUUUAUUUCUAUAUACCGGAAUAGCCAUCGGCUCAUCCAUUGGUUCACGGAUCUCCUAUCGAUGUCAUCGUCCCAAACAAUCGUUUUGACUCGAUUUGGAGGCUGGAAGAACCAAAUGAUCGUGACCGCGAACCCUACAAACAUCGAACACAUUCUAAAAACGAAAUUCGACAACUACCCGAAAGGAAAACCGUUUACGGACCUCCUAGGAAACUUUCUAGGAAUGGGAAUAUUUAAUGUUGAUGGUGAGUUAUGGAGCACACAAAGAAAGUUAGCGAGCCACGAGUUUAGCGCAAAGUCGUUGCGCGAGUUCGUGGUUAGUGUUCUUGAAGAAGAAGUGACAAAGAGGCUGAUUCCACUACUCGAAAGCGCGGUCCAAAAUGAUGACGUGUUGGACAUGCAAGACGUGCUUAGAAGGUUAGCUUUUGAUACUAUUUGUAAAAUAUCACUAGGGUGGGACCCGUGCUGUUUGGAUUACAGCAGGUCUGUCCCGCCGUUAGCACCAGCUUUUGAUGUAGCGGCGGAAGCCAGCGCGAUGCGUGGCAGGGCGCUGGCAACCUGGGUGUGGAAGGCAAAAAGAUUUUUUAACGUGGGAAGUGAAAGGAAACUAAAAGAAGCUGUUGGAGUUGUCCACCGAGCCGUUAACGAGAUAAUCCGCGAAAGGCGGGAACAAAUGGAUGGAAGCGAAAACCAUAGAGAUUUGUUAUCUAGAUUCAUAUCGGCGGGUUAUAGUGACGACCUAGUUCGUGACAUGGUAAUAAGCUUUUUGAUGGCCGGGAGAGACACGACAUCCGCAGCGAUGACGUGGCUCUUUUGGCUGUUGCAACGCCACCCGGCCAUUGAGAAAGAAGUUUUAAAAGAUGUCACCUUUGUAAACAAAGACGACAAUAAACUAAACUUUGAUGAUUUGAAACAAAUGGACUAUUUGAAAGCAUGUUUAUGCGAAUCGAUGCGGUUGUACCCACCCGUGGUGUGGGACUCGAAACACGCGGUUAAUGACGACGUGUUACCGGAUGGGACCCCGGUUUACAAGGGGAACCGGGUGAUGUACUUCCCAUAUGGUAUGGGAAGAAUGGAGGCAUUGUGGGGAAAAGAUUGUUUGGAGUUUAGACCGGACCGGUGGUUUGUUGAACCGAGUGUGCUAAAAAUAGAAAGUCCGUACAAGUUUCCGGUUUUUCAAGGUGGUCCAAGGGUUUGUUUAGGGAAAGAAAUGGCUUUUAUCCAGAUGAAGUAUGUGAUGGCGUCAAUUUUAAGCCGGUUCGAGCUUGAACCGGUCGGUUUGGAAGAACCGGUUUUUGUGCCAUUGCUUACGGCUCACAUGGAUGGUGGGUUCAAGGUUAGGGUUCGUAGGAGGAGUGGCUAUUCUGAGCCAUAAAAUAUAUAAAGCUUGUUUUUGCGGUUGGAUGAUAGUCACCUUUGAAAAUCCAACGGUUGUUGUAUUUUUAUAUUUUUCUACUUGAUAUCUGUAAGUUUUUUAUCCAAUAUUAUAUUAUAUUGGGUAUUUUUUUUAUGAUUGUACUUGAUAUAUGUAAGUUUUUUA